AUGGAGCAUAUUCCUCAAAAAAAUAUGCUGGAUUCGAACAGCUCCGACUGUUCGAAGAGCUCAGAUAGCAGUAUAUUGACGCGAGAACAUAAAUUUGUGAGGAGAAGUUCAAGUCGGAAAAUAAUACACAGCCCAGCUGACAUCGUCGAUCCUAUGCAAAUACCGGAAGUUUAUGUGAGCUCCUCAGCUGGCGCAGUUGAAACCAGUAAAGGCCGAGGAGAGCCGACUAGACCGAGCGCGUUGCACUCACUAUCCCAACCCGAAAGUUCCUCAGCAGCAAAAGCUACUUUUGUCACAAACGAUGACCAGCUCUGCGAUAUGAUAACCUCAAUCCCAAAUCAAAUAAGUGGCAAAGGUAAAAUGCGGGCAUAUGAAGUCAAUCAGCCAAGUUCUGACAAAAAUUUUGACCCUAAUGUCGCUAGAAUCACGAAAUUCGUCUCAAUUGACCAUAGUCUCCUAGACUCUCCUGAUCUCAUGUUGAAACCCCGUUCAACUCGAAGUACCGAGUGCCAGGAUCCUGCCUUGAUUCAGCCUAGCUUGAGAUCAUAUUAUACCGGGGCGGUUAGCCAGGGAAUAAAGAAGAGAAGUUCAAGACUCAUGCCUAUGAGGAUCCAAACCUCCUUUGCAGACAAAUAUGUUGGUGAUAUACCUACUAGCGCACGAAAUACUGGUAUCAUAGAACAUGAAGCUAGUAUAUGGAGAGAUUUUGCGUAUCGAUUGCCAUGGCCCGAGCUUCCAGGCACUUCGUGCCUCAUGAGUCCUAAUGGAUUCGGCAAAUUCUUCACAUUUUCCCCACAAGGUAUCCCAGUAACACCACUACAAAAACGAGCACCCAAAUAUUAUCCCAGCAAAAUUGUUUCUGGGGGCGAGCUUAAACUAGGUGAACAAUAUUUUUCUGAUCCUAGAACAGCAAAUCUAGUAGAUGAUUGGUUACAAUGCCACUUUGUCAACAUCGAGCACAAGCAUAUACUGAAGGAAAUUUUUGACGAUACCAGAGAGUUAGAUCUACUACGUGACGUUUUAGCAUUGAUAGACUACAGGCGACUACUGGAUAAGAAUUGCUAUCGUCAAUUGUGCACCAAGAUGUUCAUCAAAUUCUACUGUAGAAAUGCAGAGGUAGUUUUUACUAGGAUCAAGAAACAAUUAAAAUAUAAAGAAAAACGUGUUCCAUCGCUUGUUCAAUUGAAUGAUUUUUCAAAUUGGCGAAAGGCGUAUUUGUCUUGGAGUGAUGCGUACAAGUGGAAGGAUGUGUUUAUUUUGCGGCACCUCCAGAAAGAUGCCAACAGUCUUGCUCGUAGUUACUAUAACAUUCGCCUGGAGGAAGAUCCACAUAUGGAGUUCAUACCUGUUUAUAGAGCUUUUUUUCAGCUCGAGCUCUACUGCCAACUAUUCCAAAUGUCACCUCAUCCAACGGCAGAAACUACAGGUGAUAAGCUAGAGAUUCAGAAGCGAAUAUUCUUUGAAAGAUAUCAGCCUAAGGAAGCAGAACUAGUACUGAAAGUUAGCCGGUGGCUUGUGCGUGAAUGGAACACAAUAGACAGGCUUGGUGAGGGACACAUUAAAGAUUCGGUCAUUGAAGUUAUGAAAGAUCAGAAAGUAUAUGACGCCAAUCGACGGCAUUUUGGCAUUAGAUUUUUCUCCGAACUGCUUUACUCCGAAUUGCCCAAGCAAAUCGCCUUAAUACACAGAAACAAAUGGCAACUUAACCUAAUUCGGUUUGCAUGGAGAACGAACUGUUGGGCUGCGCAAGACACCGACGAGAACGGGAAGGUUUUAUUCAUUGAAGAUCAACAGCUAAUUAAUGAUAAAGAAACUAGGAAACGAAAUAAAUUCUUUGGAUCGUGGAGCCGUCUAACCCUGUGA